CUCCGCAACUAUAAUAGUAACUUCUGGAGAACCGUAUAACAUUACAUGCAAUGCUUACCAGGCAAGACCUCCUGCAGUACUGACUUGGAUUAUACCAGAUGAUAUGAUAUUUUAUGUCCACGGUCAGUCCGAUAUAAUUCAAAGAAACAAGUACGUGUCAAGUAAAAGAGCUACCAUCACGCCCUCAAUGAAUGACCAAGGGAAUGUUCUGCGCUGUGAAGCAUCACAUUCUACCCUAUUCACCAACUUAAACGUUUCAGUGUCCCUGAGUGUUCAUGUUCUACCGUCGAGCAUGACCCUCUUUCAAAGUGGAAUUGGCAAGGACAACGAUUUUGGACAAGCAGUCAUUUACGUUCAAGAGGGUUUACCCUCGUCAAUAACCUGCAAAUGCAUUGGAUCAUUACCAGCAGUUGAAUUUGUUUGGAAACUUGGUAGUUCUACCAUUCUUCAAGAUAAUAUUAGUCUUCAAAAGCAUAACAAUGCGAUAGAUCACAGUUUGUACGACACUAAAAGUAUCAUCACAUUUAUUCCAGAGAGAAAGCACCACGGAAAGUCUAUCCAAUGCUUUGCAAGCUUAGGAAGCUUUUCGGAACGAAGGUUUGCCAAAGUCCUUGUUAAAGGUACACCUGACAGUAUACAAAUUGCUUCCCUUGAAGAUGCUACGCUGGAGGAAGGAAUGGAAAUCAACGUAACCUGCAGGGCACUAAAUGGAUACCCUGCUCCAUCAAUUCAUUGGUAUAUUGGAUCAAGAAACAUCACCAAAGACUCAUCUCUUCAGAAUACAGUCAAUGCUGUUGACCGAUACGAUGCUGAAAGCACUCUGAUAUUAGUUCCAAAUUGGCUUGAACAUGGGAAGCGUCUCCUUUGCCAGGCAGUUCAAACUACACCAAUUUCAAACAUGUCAAUAAACAAAAGCCUCAUCUUGAACAUAUCAUAUCCGCCCAUGGUCUCCAUUACUGCUCGACGUCUUACAUCACUUACAUCCCAUAAAGGAAGUGGGGCUUUAGAGUUCAUGCUGACAUGUAGAGCAGAUUCCAAUCCACCUGCCAUUGUCUUUGAAUGGUUCACUGAUGAAACUGUUGUUUUCAAUGACACCAGUAACAUGAAGCUCCACCAGGAUAACCCAGAACAAGCAGAAAGAGAGACCGUAACUACUAGUGACCUGAUGAUUCCAAGCCGACCCUCUGAACAUCCAUCGAUUUACAAUUGCAGUGCUGUGUCCAGAUACGGAUUCGGAUCGGCAGUAUUCAACUCCUCGUUAUUUCCUCCACCCAGCAUAAUUUCAAUCACGGAUGGAAGGGGUAUUCAACACUAUUGUUUUAACAACCUCUCUUUAACUCCUGGGAAGAAAAAUGAUAUCACAUGUGAAGCUCAUGGGGCAAGGCCUCCUGCAGUACUUCAGUGGCAGGUACCAGAUGGUGUACUGAUAGAUCUUCAAGAUCAGUCUGAUAUUAUUCAAGACGGAUCUUACAUCUCUCGAAAAGCUGUGACAAUCACACCCUCCAGGAACGACCACGGAAAGAUUAUCAUCUGUAUUGCAUCACACCAAGAACUACAAUAUGAACCUCGGUGCUCAGUUCAGAUCAAUGUUCAUGUUCUUCCAAGGGAUGUACUGAUUUUUCGAAGUGGAGGUAACCAGUCCCAUUCAACCGUCAUAAACAUUCAAGAAGAUUCACCGACUUCAAUCACAUGUAAAAGCGUUGGGUCUUUUCCAGCCACCAAACUAUCAUUUAAGUUAUUAGGUGGCACUGGUCAAGCUGACAAUGUCCUCAUUCGCGCAAAUAUCUCAAGUAAAAGGAGUGUUUUAGACGAUACUCUGUUUGACACCGAGAGUACUAUAAUCCUACACCCAAAUAUUGAGCAUCAUGGGAAGUUCAUUCAAUGCUACGCAACACUUGAUGGGGUCUUAGCCGAAUUAGUGUUUGCCAAGCUGGUAGUUUACGGCUCACCAGAAGACAUCAUUAUGAGCUCUCCUGUGGAUCUUUACGAUGGCAAAGAAAUCAAUGUAACCUGCAAAGCUGUUAAUGGAUACCCCGCACCGCAUAUCCAUUGGUACAUCGGAUCAAGAAAUCUUACAGAGGAUUCAUCUUUAAACAUAAGUGAAAAUAAUGCUGGUCGAUAUGACAUUGAAAGCACUCUGACUUUAAUACCGACGAGGUUUUACCAUGGGAAGCGUCUUCUCUGUGAGGCAGUUCAACCUACAACACUCCCAGCUCGAUCGGUGAAUCAAAGCUUGGUUCUGAACAUAACGUAUCAUCCCGUUGUGUCAAUUACUGCUCGCCGUCUUACAUCGCACAAAGCAAGUGGGACUACUGUGCUCGCGUUGAUAUGCAGAGCUGACGCAUAUCCUCCUAUCAUUACUUUCGUUUGGCUUUGCAACGAAACUGUAGUGUCAGACGACUCCAGUAACUACAGACUCCCUGAGACUAUAUCUGAAGAUGCAACACUAAGGUCCAGCGUACUUGAGAUACAAAACCCACUCUCCCAAUACCAUUCUGUUUAUAAAUGCAACGCUGAAUCAGAAUACGGCUCGGGAAGUGCAGAAUUCGAUUCCCUUUAUUUGUAUUUUAUUCCGACUCCACCAUCUGGGUUCAUCAUGUACCGAAACCAGACGAGAUCGUCAUCUCUCUUUGUUGCCUGGCAACCAGGAUCACCAUUAGGGUAUGAGAAAAUCGCUCCCUUUGCCAUACUUUGUCGAUGAAACAAACCUUCAUACAUGAUACAACUUUUCAAAUAAUUCCAAGAACCAAAAAAAAA